UAAUGCGCAGUGUGUGUGUGUGUGUGUGUGUGUGUGUGCCGGUGAGCUCGUGGGACACGGAGACAUGGCUGCUGCGCGCGGACUCGGAGAGGAGAGCACCGAGACUAACGAGGACUGCUUUGAAGAUGCCUACGAUCGAAUCCCAGUAGCCUCCAAGAUGGACCUGAAGUCGUCUAUAGAGGAGUGCACUCUGGCUCUUAACCUGCUGCUGAACAACAAGUUCACUGAAGCUCUGGACGUCCUCAGACCCUGGUAUAAGGAGAGUGUGUAUCACGCUCUGGGUUACAGCAGUAUACUGGUGAUGCAGGCAGGAAUGACCUUCGAGCACAAGGACAUCCAGGUUGCCAUGACGGCCAUCAAAGAGUCUCUGCAAACCUGCCAGAAGUUCAGGAAGAGAAGUUCGAUGGUGGACUCGCUCUCCAGUUUGGUCUAUAAACACACACCUAAUGGCCUGAAAGCAGAGGAGAUGCACGCAGAGAUUUGUUAUGCUGACUGUCUGCUACAAUAUGCCGCGCUGACCUUUAUACAGGAUGAGAACAUGAUCAGCUUCAUUAAAGGAGGAAUGAAAAUCCGCACCAGCUAUCAGAUAUACAAGGAUUGCCAGAGUGUGUUAAACAUGUAUGAGGGAACAGACACACACGUGGAGGCUUUCAGACAGUUUGAGAGCGGAGUGAAGCUGGGCGUCGGCUCCUUCAACCUGAUGUUGUCGCUGCUGCCGGCCCGAAUUCUCAGACUGCUAGAGUUUAUCGGCUUCUCAGGGAACAGGGAGUUCGGCCUAGCCCAGCUGAGAGAAGGAGCAGAGAGUCAGAGUCUAAGAUCCAUCCUGUGUGUGUUAACACUGCUGCUGUACCACACCUACGUCUGCCUCAUCCUAGGAACAGGAGAAGGGAACUUGGUGGAAGCAGAGGCUCUGUUAGAGCCAUAUGUACACAAAUUUCCUAAAGGUGCCAUCAUGCUGUUCUACACAGCACGGAUCGCUGUACUACAUGGAAAUUUUCAAAAGGCACAGCAGAAGUUUGAGGAGUGUAUCAGUUCCCAGCAGCAGUGGCGUCAGGUUCAUCACCUGUGUUACUGGGAGCUGAUGUGGUGUCACUCGUACCAGCAGCAGUGGAGGGAAGCGCACCGCUACGCUGAUCUACUGUACAGAGAGAGCCGCUGGUCUAAAGCGAUCUAUGUGUUUCAGAAAGCUGCUAUUCUGAGCAUGAUGAGUGAGGAUGAGCUGAAGAGCACUGGGGAGGACAUUGUGGAAUUAUUCAGGAAGGUAGAGGGUCUGAAGCAGCGUAUAGCCGGUAAGUCGAUCCCCACUGAGAAGUUCGCCGUGAGGAAAGCUCGCCGCUACUCAAGAGCCAAACCUGUUACACUGAUCAUCCCUGCACUGGAAAUGAUGUACGUGUGGAACGGGUUCACGAUUGUGGGGAAGCGAUCGGACGUGACGGAGGCGUUACUGAUCACUAUAGAGAGAGCGGAGGAGGAGCUGAGGAACAACCCCAAGCCCACAGAGUAUCACACGGAUGACGAGUGUUUGGUGCAGAUGUUAAAGGGUUUGUGUCUAAAACAUCUGGGCAGAUUACUGCAGGCGGAGCUCAGCUUCUCCCAGGUCAUCGCAAGUGAGAAGAGGAUUCGUUAUGAUCAUUAUUUGAUCCCUUUCACUCUCUAUGAGCUCGGGUUACUCUACAAACUGCAGGGAGACGUCGCCAAGGCAACCAGAUACAUCGAAGACGCCAAGUCGAAUUAUAAGGACUACUCGAUGGAGUCUCGGCUGCAUUUCCGCAUCCAUGCGGCACUGAACAGCCUGAAGGGUACUCCGGUGAACUCGCCAUAGCAACCAGCACCUCAAGUCUUGACCUUUGACCUUUACGAUAGAAGGAGCAUCACCCUGAUCAUCACAGUACUGUAACGAGUGACGACUAAAAAAACACAAACAAACCAAAGUGCUAUUCCUCCUCCGUGUGUAAGCAGAGAGUGAGAUGGUAGAACACACACACACACACACACACACACACACACACUGAUAAAAAAAAAAGAUGGGGGGGGAAUGAAGGAAAUUUGAAAUGGCUUUAUUUUUAUAGUAAUAUUAAAUCAGUUAAGGGGAAUGGGUUAAAUGAUGUUUUAUUUUUUUUCUUAAAGUUUGUGACGAUAGUUAAUAUAAAGAGGUGAAAACAAUCAGAGAGCUGAACACGCUGCAGUCUCCAACAUGGCUACUUUUAAGAAUUUAACGUAAAGCUGCAGUACGGAAAAAAUAUAUAUAAUAUAAGAUAUUUAUUACAAUUUCAAUUAGCCUUAAGAAAAGGAUUACUGAGUCAAACCUCCUCUCUAAGUGGGCGGGGCUUUCUCACUCACCUGCCAGUCAAAUCAUUAAGUUAAAAAAAAAUGCUUUUACAGCAAGCAGCCAAAUUUGGCGGAAACUAAAUUGCAGAAACCAAAAGAAACGUUGGUCGGUGAUGCUGGGAGUCAGGGCUGACGUCAUCACACGGUUUUCAGACGGAGACGUUAAUGACAAGUGUUUAUGCUUUACAUUUCAGUCAGGAGUUAAAUAUUUUGCAUGCAGUAACACAUUUCCACCAGAGAUGUCACCAAAUCACCCAAAGUUACACACUGCAGCUUUAAAAGUUUUUUUAUUUUCUGUUGGUUGUUCUAUUUCCAGUUUCUUGCACAGUUUAGACAAUUGUACAGGUUCUGUUACGCACGCUGCACUGAUGCCGACGUCUAAUCACGAACACGUCCGCGCUGCUCCACUGGUUUUCUUCAUCACCAUGGCAACUCAACUAGAGCAAUAUAUUCUAAUUGUUAUUAGGACACGCCCACACCUGGUGAUGUAAUAGUCUUGACUGUGUGAGAUGGUUCGGCUCGUAUCAGCGCGGCGUCAGUUAAUACGGAGAAUAUUUAUUAAUGGCUGCUUUCAGGGUUGAAACAGCUUGUUUAUUUGUUUUAUUCAUACCAAAUAUUUGUGUUUAUGUGUUUUUGCAUGUGUGUGUGUGUUUGGUGUUUAAUAUUGUUACUUGUUACUUACCUUUAAAAGUUUCUCAGCGUGUCACUUCAGCCCUGCGUACUUCACGUUUGUGUGUAAAUGUGUGACUGGAUGCAGUGCAGAGAUUACACUGAUAAUCAGAUAGAAUGUACAUCACUGUAAUCAUCAAAACAUAAUCAUCACUAUAGAAUCUGCACAGCGCCCUCUAGAGGUGCGGCUUCGUCAGGAGAAAUCCAUCCCAUAAUACCGUUUGUAAGCAGUGCAGGCGCUGGGGCGGGUCACGGACGUUUCCCGUUCCGUAUAAGUGAUAGGAAAGCUCAAAGCGAUUGUUUAAUGAACUACGUUUUUUUUACACAAGUAAGUCUUACACGUGAAACCGUAGAUGUUUGUAAAAUUAUACGUGGACUCGUACAUUUUAAAGUCGUUGUUAAUGUAAAAGAUGAUAAGUGUAAAUAUUUAAAUUUUAACCAGACUUGAAAUGUGUAUGUUAAGUAGCAGAGUAAGAUUUGUCAUGUUACAGAAUCAAUCGAUCAGACAUAGCAUGAUGUUUCAGGAUGUUACAUUCAGAUGUCAAUUUAUAGACUGAAAAAGUAGACAGGUAAUUAUACACAUUAGACCAUUUUAAUUUUAUACAUUUAUAUGUUUGGAAGAAAAUACAGGUGUGUUUAUAGUCCAGAUAUUUGGUCCAGAAUCAAAUAAUUAACAAGAGAUGUAUAAUUUGGAAUUAUAUACUAAGACUGAUAUGUUUAAAAUGUUCAUUUAGCUCCAGGUUAGAUUUUAAAGUUUAGGUAAUUUUUAUGAAUCAAAUGCUAAUUUUAUGGAUGUAAAAGAAAAAGUUACAAAAAAACAGAUUAAUUGUCGUUAUGUGUUUGAUCUCACAUUUAUUAUACAGGAGAAUGUAUAAAAUGAAGAACAUGUAAGCUACAAAGAAACAACUGUCACUGCUCUUGGCCUGAUCGCUGUGGAGCCGAGUGCUGAUACGCAGCCAAUCACGUGCCAGCUCUCUGCACUGCGUCAUUAAUAUUCAUGAUGUCACCUGAGAGCCUGGCGCGCCGCGAGCUCCGUUACAGUCUGAUCGGUUAAUAAUAAAAAGACGUAAUUUGAGAGUUGAACAUCAUCGCGGACUCGAGACUGAGCAGCAUCUCAACUCUAUUUACGCUUUAAAGCGAUAAACUGCGACAAACAAGCAAAAAUAAUACGUCGACUUAUUUCCAUCUAAAUGCAUGUAGUUUUUCUUUAGAUUUUAGGCAAAAUUUAGAAGCUUGGUCUGAAAUGUCGCUUUUGGUGUGAUAUGAAAGAGGCCUGAAUAAGUAAAUAAAAACAACAACAAUAAUAAUAAUAAUUAUAGUUAUUAAUAAGUUAGUCAUAAUGUUUAAGAUCUCUAUACAUCUCUCUUUUGCUUUACUAUGCAGACUUUCACUUUAUACAGGUU